CGGUUUUACGCUCUCUGUUCUCGGCCGUAAAAUCGACGGAAAUUGAUUGAUAAUUAUAAACAAAAAUAACUGGUGCAAAGUGCAAUAAUUACUUGUGAUAUUAGAUCGUAGUUUAGUAAGAUGAAAGUUGAUUUGAUAAAAGACCUCGCUGUUAAUUUUGGCAACUAACGCACACCGAUGCAGAUGCCUUGUGAAAGCGGCGAAGAGGAGAAAGAUAGAAGAAAGAUUUAGCGUUUUUGGCUAGAUUUAAAAUUUGCUCACUAAACAAGAUGCUAAAUUUAGGCAAUGCCAAAGUUGCCGCUCUGGAGGAGGCCACCUCGCCACCCCCCUUUUCCAAGGACGAGAGCUUCCAGUUGUUAGAGCGCGGUGCCCCCUCCCCACCUUCUGUCCACCUGGAACCACCAUUCACCACCCCACUCGCUCCCUUUGACAUGGAGCUAAUGAAACGUCACAAUCUGCACGAGCGACUAACGGGAAAGGAAAGUUUAUGGGGUGGAAGAGGAUCGGGAUCUCAAAGAUUCGUGGACCAGGAGAGGAUAUCAGCAUCGCGUGAAUCACUCAGCACCGCAGACAAGAGAGCCAGAUUUGCAGAGAGCAACGCUUCUACGCUCCAACUGCCAGAUUCUGCCGAGCCCCGGGCCAAUGGCAAAAAGCCCACUGGGGACAGGACCAACCCAUCGAAUCCAGCCACACCCCUUCUGCCAAUGACUGAUCCGGAUUUAGUGAAGGGCAAUGCAAUCGGCGUCUACGAUGAUCGCGAGUGCAGCUGUCCCAGGGAAUUCUACCAGCGAGAUGAGAUCAAUACCUCGCUGUUCUUCGAGGAUUGCAUCCGAUCCAUUGACUUCGUCCUGGCCUACAGGAUCAAUCCGCACGAGCCCACGGAGGUGGACAACACGGAAAAACGCCGUGUUUUCGAAGCGAAUCUCAAUAGUCAGGGCUUGGAGGUAGAGGCCAGCCAAAAGGAUCAAAUAUGGUUUAUUAAGAUCCAUGCUCCUUUAGAGGUCCUGCGGCGAUAUGCGGAGAUUCUUAAGCUGCGUAUGCCCAUGAAGGAGUCGUUAUGCAAUUUGCGCAUAUAUGAAAGAUCGAAUCGCCUGCGAAAUGCGGCCCAUUACCUGUCCAAUAAGAUUCCAGGCAUGUCAGUGGUUAAUCGCUCAACCAAGAGUGUGUUUUCUAGUCUCAAAACUGUUUUCCAAUUCUUCCUGCGCAACAUCUACGUGGACGAGGAAAUUUUUCCCAAAAGAGCACAUCGAUUCACCGCCAUUUACAGUCGCGAUAAGGAAUAUCUCUUUGAUAUUCGCCAAGAUUGUUUCUUUACCACCGCCGUCCGUUCCCGCAUCGUAGAGUUCAUCCUUGAUCGCCAGCGAUUCCCUGCCAAGAACCAACAUGACAUGGCCUUUGGCAUUGAGCGACUAAUUGCCGAGGGCGUGUACACUGCUGCCUAUCCAUUGCAUGACGGAGAAAUAACAGAGACGGGUACCAUGAGGGCCCUGCUUUAUAAGCAUUGGGCAUCUGUCCCUAAAUGGUAUCGCUAUCAGCCCUUGGAUGACAUUAAGGAAUAUUUUGGUGUUAAAAUUGGUUUGUACUUUGCUUGGCUGGGCUACUACACAUACAUGUUGCUGCUGGCCUCGAUAGUGGGUGUAAUUUGUUUUCUAUACUCUUGGUUCUCUCUUAAGAACUAUGUGCCUGUGAAAGAUAUCUGCCAGGGUGCUAAUACAAAUAUAACAAUGUGUCCCCUCUGUGAUUGGUGCAACUUUUGGGACCUGAAAGAGACCUGCAACUAUGCCAAAGUAACGUACCUCAUUGACAAUCCCAGCACUGUGUUCUUCGCCGUCUUCAUGUCCUUUUGGGCUACCCUGUUCCUUGAGCUGUGGAAACGUUACUCCGCCGAGAUAACACAUCGCUGGGAUCUGACGGGAUUCGAUGUGCAUGAGGAGCAUCCGAGGCCGCAGUAUUUGGCUCGUUUGGAACACAUACCGCCAACAAGAGUGGAUUAUGUGACCAAUAUAAAAGAGCCAACGGUUCCUUUCUGGCGAAUGAAACUUCCAGCCACGGUUUUUAGUUUCUCCGUGGUGCUGCUACUAAUCGCAUUGGCUUUUGUGGCCCUUUUGGCAGUGGUUGUAUAUCGAAUGUCCAUGCUGGCAGCUCUUAAAGUGGGUGCUAGUCCCAUGACCACCUCUAGUGCCAUUGUGCUCGCCACUGCAUCGGCGGCCUUUGUGAAUUUGUGCCUGCUCUACAUACUUAAUUAUAUGUACAAUCACUUGGCAGAGUACCUAACUGAGUUGGAAAUGUGGCGUACACAAACCCAAUUCGAUGACUCUUUGACCCUUAAAAUCUAUCUGCUACAGUUUGUCAACUACUAUGCCUCUAUAUUCUACAUAGCUUUUUUCAAGGGUAAAUUCGUGGGCCAUCCUGGGCAGUACAAUAAACUAUUUGACUAUCGUCAGGAGGAGUGUUCUUCAGGCGGCUGUUUAACUGAGCUGUGCAUCCAGUUGGCCAUUAUAAUGGUGGGCAAGCAGGCCUUCAACACUAUCCUUGAGGUGUAUUUGCCAAUGUUCUGGCGCAAGGUUUUGGCUAUUCAGGUUGGUCUCUCGAGACUUUUUAACAACACCCCUAAUCCUGACAAGACUAAAGACGAGCGUUGGAUGCGAGAUUUCAAGCUGUUGGAUUGGGGUGCCCGAGGCUUGUUUCCUGAGUACUUGGAGAUGGUCUUACAAUACGGUUUUGUAACCAUAUUUGUGGCUGCAUUUCCGCUGGCGCCAUUCUUUGCCUUACUUAAUAAUAUAUUGGAAAUGCGUUUGGAUGCCAAGAAACUUCUGACCCACCAUAAACGGCCAGUGUCGCAGCGUGUACGAGAUAUUGGUGUAUGGUAUAGGAUUUUGGACUGCAUUGGCAAACUUAGUGUGAUUACAAAUGGAUUUAUCAUUGCCUUUACCUCUGACAUGAUCCCGCGUUUGGUGUAUCGCCAUUAUGUCAACAAGAAUGGCACUUUGGAUGGCUAUCUCCAGUUUACCUUAUCAGAGUUCAAAGUGGCUGAUUCACCAACCUUGAAUAGCUUAGCUGGAGAUCUCUCUAACAUAACCACGUGCAAAUACACGGAUUUCCGACUACCACCAUCGUCUCCGGAGAAAUACACUUUGAGCAGCAUGUUUUAUAUCAUUUUGGCCUGCAGAUUGGGAUUCGUUGUGGUUUUUGAAAACUUUGUGGCGCUGGUGAUGAUUCUAGUCCGUUGGUGUAUUCCGGACAUGAGUGUGGAGCUGCGGGAUCAAAUCCGACGUGAAGUCUAUGUGACCAAUGAGAUAAUCAUCGAUCAGGAGGCCCACCGUGCUCGUUUUGAGCGAGCUAAGCGAAGCAGUUCAGUGCUACAAACGCCAGUUGACCAAGACAUGGAUGCUGCCUCUAUUCAAGAGCCAAACGCCAAGUUCAUCAACAUUGAAAAGCUACUUACAGAAAAUCUCACCCAGAUCGAAAUGGAUGCGAUUAUACAUGGUGAAAAUCCGACCACAGGCAUCUCCGGUGCAGAUUGCUUGGACCAAGUGCACAAAAAUCUCGGUGACCAAGUCUAAAGUUCGUUCAACGUAAAUCAUUGUGUUAUGGAUGUUCCUUUCAGUCACUUAAUUAGGCCUUAGUUAAGACUCUUAUAUUGAAAUUGAUUUCAUUAUUGCAAUUGGUUUGCAAUUUGGUUACAAGCUUUACUCAUGCUUCAUUUGUUUUAUCAAAGCAAAGUAAAUGUUAUCUAGGUUAUCCUUUUUUAUGAUACACUCGUAUGAAUUGUAAAUGGCUCAUUCUUAUAUUAAUGCAACCCAGUGAGUGCCAAUCUGUAAAUGAGCACAAAUUAGUAUACUUUUAUAAACUAUUGAACAUCACGGAAUGUAAAAUGUAAUCUCCAAAGGACAACUCUCACUCAUGUUAAAUAACUCAGGCUCUCACAUGACUCGUACAUGAACAUUUAUUUUAGAUAGCGUAACAUAUACAUACAUACAAAUGUAUUUAUUGCAUUCAUUGAAUUGUAUAUUAUUGUUGAUAUACUGAAAUCUCUAUUUAAUGUUGAAUAUGAAAAAUAAACAAAUAGUCAAAUAUUGGUGUACGAGUAUACGAUUGAAA